AUGCCCAAGGCCAUCAAACAAAAGAAGCGCAAUGGGCAAGGCGACGCAGCUGCAAAGUCCUCUGCGGCCCACAGUAUCUUCAAGAUGAACACAGAUAUCGGCCAGCACGUUUUGAAAAACCCCGGUAUUGCAGAGCAAAUUGUCCUCAAAGCCGAGCUCAAGCAGAGCGAUAUUGUUCUUGAAAUCGGUCCCGGUACUGGAAACUUGACUACAAAGAUUCUAGACCACGCCAAGAAGUGUAUCGCCGUCGAACUGGAUCCUCGCAUGGCGGCUGAAGUUACCAAGCGUUUCCAGGGUACUCCGGCGCAGAAGCGUCUCGAUGUGAUCCUCGGAGACGUGAUGAAGACCGAGCUUCCAUACUUCGAUGUCUGCAUUAGCAACACACCAUACCAGAUUUCUUCCCCUCUUACAUUCAAGCUGUUGGCUACAUUGCCUGCUCCUCGAGUUUGCAUUCUCAUGUUCCAACGUGAAUUCGCUCUUCGUCUUUUCGCUAAGCCCGGCGACAAGCUCUACAGUCGACUUUCCGUGAACGCGCAAAUGUGGGCCAAGAUCGAUCACAUCAUGAAGGUUGGCAAGAACAACUUCAAGCCCCCGCCCCUGGUUGAGUCCAGCGUUAUUCGCAUGGUCCCCAAGGUUCCGCGGCCGCAGAUCAACUAUGAGGAAUGGGAUGGCAUGUUGCGUAUUGCAUUCGUCCGAAAGAACAAGACAUUGCGUGCUAGUUUCCUCGGAACCACAAGCAUCGUGAACAUGCUGGAAGCGAACUACCGGACAUGGUGUGCGCAGAAUGAUAUUCCAGUUGAAGAUGGCCCCGCGGAGGAUGCCGAUGGAGAUACAAUGGAUAUGGGAGAAGAAGACGGUGGAGAGGUGGAGGAAGUGGCCGAGGUCAUGGAAAUGGACGACGACGAUGACGUCCCAGAUUUCUUCAAGGAGGAGACUAACGCCAGUCUCCAACAAGCGCUUAAGAACAAGACCCCACAAAAGAAGCGAGGAAAGGUUUCGAUGUUGGUGCGCGAGAAGAUUCGCCAGGUCCUGGAGGAUGACACUGGUCUGGCUGACAAGCGCGCAAGAAUGUGUGAUGAGAACGAAUUUUUGAAAAUGCUGUGGGCCUUCAACCAGAAGGGAAUCCACUUCAACUAA